AUGACUGUUCCAAUUGUCAAUGGAACUUCGAGUGUGUCCUAUUAUGUUGGAAAUGAAGAUUUAUUAGAAGAGGCUACCAAUUUCUAUUCCAACGUUGUUGGAUUAUCUGUUACAAUAAAGGAUAACGGGAUAGUAUUUAUGACAGAUAAAGACCAUAAGGCUACAGUGGAGCUCAUUAUCUCCCUGAAGGGAUAUUCGAAGGAUGAAAUUGAACGGAAAAAAGAGUUCCUAAAUGGGCAGCUAGACAAAAACGACUGGAGAUCUCUUGAGUCUGCUUCGGUCUUCAGAACCUUGUACUUGCAUGAUAUGAUCCGUCUCUUGCGAAGUCGAAAAUUACCAAUUCAGAUCAAUCCUAAUGAGUUGUAUCCAAAUGAGGUAUAUACACUUGACCCAUUGGCAAACUUAGUAGGGUUCACUGCUGCGGCUAAUACUUUAACUGUUAAUCCUCCUGUUCAAAAGUUCGAUGUGUUGGAGGAAGCGGAUGGAAAAUCUGCUCCUGAAAAGGAUUUGAAGCCCGAUUACUUUGACAAACCAAGAAGGAACAUAGCCGUUAUGACAUCUGGUGGUGAUGCUCCUGGCAUGAACUCUGCUGUCCGUUCUGUCGUUAGAGCUGCUAUUUACAGAGGUUGUAAAGCUUUCGCAGUUAGAGAAGGAUACGAAGGCUUAGUAAAUGGCGGAUCAAAUUAUAUUAUGGAAAUGAAGUGGAGUGAUGUGAGAGGAUAUCUUUCAGAAGGAGGCACCAACAUUGGUACUGCAAGAUGUAAGGAAUUUAGAGAGAGAGAAGGAAGGCUUAGGGCUUGUAAGAACAUGAUUGACUCGGAUAUUGAUGCGUUGAUUGUUUGUGGUGGUGACGGAUCAUUGACUGGUGCUGAUACCUUCAGGUCAGAAUGGCCAUCUUUAAUUAAGGAGCUCAAAAACAAGGGUGAAAUUAGUCAAGAAAAGUAUGAAGCUCAUAAGCACCUUAACAUUUGUGGAAUGGUAGGAUCGAUUGAUAAUGAUAUGGCAACCACUGAUGCCACAAUCGGUGCCUAUUCGUCAUUGGAUCGUAUUUGUAAGGCAAUCGAUUAUAUUGAUGCGACGGCUAACUCUCAUUCGAGAGCUUUUGUCGUAGAAGUUAUGGGAAGACACUGCGGUUGGCUUGCAUUGAUGGCGGGUAUAUCUACAAGCGCCGAUUAUAUAUUGAUUCCCGAAAAACCGGCUUCAUCUCAAGCAUGGCAGUCCCAAAUGUGCCAGAUUGUUUCGAAGCACAGAGCGAAGGGCAAAAGAAAGACCAUUGUAAUCGUAGCGGAAGGUGCAAUUAGCUCUGACUUGGUUCCAAUUUCAUCAAAAGAAGUCAAAGAUGUUUUGGUUAAUAAAUUGGGGCUAGACACAAGAAUUACGACAUUGGGGCACGUUCAAAGAGGUGGUACCGCUGUUGCAUUUGAUCGUAUUUUGGCCACACUACAAGGUGUAGAAGCCGUUAAGGCAGUGAUAGAGUGUGGCCCUGAUUCAGAGUCUCCAAUGAUUGCAAUUGAGGAAAAUAAAAUUGUCAGAAAAUCAUUGGUAGAAGCUGUGCAAAUUACAAAGUCAGUUGCUGAAGCAAUAAGCAACAAAGAUUUUGAAAAGGCGAUGGCCUCAAGAGAUAGUGAAUUUGUUGAACAUCUCCAUAAUUUCAUUGCGAUGAAUUCUGCUAAUCAUAACGAACCGACUUUGGCUCCCAAAGAUCGUAAGAAUAUUGCUGUUAUCAAUAUUGGGGCACCUGCGGGGGGGAUGAACAGUGCAGUUUACGCCAUGGCAACCUAUUGUAUGUCGCGUGGUCAUACACCGUAUGCAAUUCAUAAUGGUUUUUCUGGUUUAGCCAGGCAUGAAUCUGUUAGGCUGAUAGAUUGGUUAGACAUCGAAGGCUGGUGCUCCACUGGGGGGUCUGACAUUGGAACGAACAGACAAACACCUAAUGAGACUGAUAUCGGCAUGAUUGCAUAUUAUUUCGAAAAGUAUCAUUUUGAUGGUCUUGUUAUAGUAGGAGGGUUUGAAGCAUUCGUCUCUUUGGACCAGCUUGAGAAAGCCAGAGCUAUGUACCCUGCGUUUAGAAUACCCAUGGUUUUAAUUCCUGCUACAAUAUCGAACAAUGUACCUGGAACUGAAUACUCACUAGGCUCAGAUACGUGUCUCAAUGCUUUGAUGGAAUACUGUGAUGUUGUCAAGCAAUCUGCUUCCGCCUCGAGAAAUCGGGUUUUUAUAAUCGAGGUUCAAGGGGGUAAUUCUGGAUACAUAGCAACCUUUGCCGCAUUAGCAUGUGGUACACAGGCAUCGUAUGUACCUGAAGAGGGUAUCGACUUAGAGCAAUUAGAAUUGGAUGUAACGUCUUUGAAGGAAUCUUUUGCGACAGGCAAUAGUAUGGCGAGGGCCGGGAAGCUCAUUUUAAAGAGCACAAAUGCAUCAAAAGCUUUGACUACCAAAGUUCUAGCUGAAAUAUUGCAACUGGAAUCAAAUGGUGCAUUUGACACGAAGACUGCUAUCCCAGGACAUGCUCAACAGGGAGGUUUACCUUCUCCGAUCGAUAGAACUAGAGGAGCAAGGUAUGCAAUCAAGGCUGUUCAAUUCAUAGAAGAUCAUGUAGAUGAGUUAGCCAAGGUAAGAUAUUCUCUUGAUUUUUCGAGUGAUGAUACUGAGAUAUCUUCAACUGCUGCUGUAUUAUCUGUCAAAUCAAGUCAUUUGAGGUUCAGUCCAAUUCGUCGUCUAUACGAUUUCGAGACUGAAUUGAGUAUCAGAAUGCCUAAAAAGAUCCACUGGACUAAAACAAGAGAUAUUGCUGAUCAGUUGGUCGGAAGGACUCGUCUCAGCCCUAUAUAA